UCAUUAUAUUUCACAAUUUCGCAAAAAUAGCGAAAUGUGAUCUAAACAACUUUUAUUGUCUAUUUAACAUUGUUAACAUCCCGCUUUCAUCUUUUGUUGAGGUUGACAUGCCAAUUUCAUCUAUAUCCAAGUUAUCUAAAGUUCGCAAUAAUUUACGUCGAUUCGUGUCUGUAUUCGCUUGAUAAACUCAUAGAAUAUUUAACGUGCAAACGAUGAAUUCUGAAAACAUCCCGGAUUACUUAAAUAAAAAUAUAUUCCCGAUUUUAUUAAAUGCAAUGGAGGAAAUGUUACUUGAAGCUGAUCGUCGAAAUGCGUUAAAAACACAUAAAUGCUCCUUUAAUGGAUUGGAUUAUCUUGCGGAGAUUCUUUGGAAUCGAAACUCGCGACAUCCGAAUAGAUUGUGCACUUGGCAAGGCGUAUUUAACAUACCACAAUUCAAGCUAUGGCUAAAGUUGCAUCCUAGGCCAAUUUAUCCAAAAUCGUGGUUGUGGACUAAAGAGGAGGCCGCCUUACAUAUACAGAGAUAUGUUCGUGGUUGGCUUGUUAGAAAAAAAACGGAUGUUCAGGAGAUGCGUCAGUUUUGGAAGGUAUUAUUGGUAUAUAAUUAAGGAAUUGAAAAAUA